ACAUAUCUCCUCAAAACUCAAAAAAGCCACGACGCACUGCCGCCCUCCUCCUCCCUUCCCAUUUGUACAUCAGCCUGUUGUGAGAAGAAGUACCGUCGUCUCCGCCGUUCCAUCACGUCCAGUCGUCGCCUGCCCACAAUCCCUCUGGUCCAGCCAUCGCCUUUUGCCGCUCGUCCUGGUCCAGCCGUCUCCUCCCGCAGUUCGUCCAUUUUGAAACGCUGCAACGUCCUUUGUCUCUGCCGCUCCGUUUGGUUCAGCCGUCCCCAUCCGCUCCCUUUGUCUCCGCCGCUCAAUUUGGUUCAGCCGUCGCCACUCAUCUGGUCGUCACCUCCGCUGCUCGUAUUCCACUGUGAACGUACUCACAGUUUAAGGCUAAUUUUCUUGGAGUGAAGAGAUGGUGCGGCCAUAUGCUAUGAAGGGGCAGAAGCGGAAGAAGAGAGAGGAGAGAUAUGAUAAGGAGGAAGACGAAGUAGAAGAGCAAUCCCUAGAAAGAGCCAAAAAACCUUUAGUAGCAGAAACAAAAACAGAAACAGAAAUGCCUACGAAAACCAGCGGGAAGGAAGAAGAAAAAGAUGAUGAAGAAGAAGAAUUAGAAGAGCAAGCACAUGUAAUGGUGGGCAUCCCAAUUACUCCAAGUGAUUCAAAAACGAAAAAGCCUGGGGUUACAUUUGUGCUUGAGAGAGCCUCUUUGGAAGUUGCUAAAGUUGGAAAGAGUUACCAGAUCUUGAAUUCUGAUGAUCAUGCAAAUUUCUUGCGGAAAAAUAACAAAAAUCCUGCUGAUUAUAGGCCUGACAUUGUUUAUCAGGCUCUUCUAUCAAUCUUAGAUAGUCCAGUAAACAAGGCUGGGAGGUUGCGAGCUGUGUAUGUGAAAACAGAUAAAGGUGUUCUUUUUGAAGUUAAACCACAUGUGCGAAUACCAAGGACAUAUAAACGAUUUUCUGGAAUUAUGCUGCAGUUGCUUCAAAAACUGAGUAUAAGUGCUGUCGGUAAGCGGGAGAAGCUUUUGCGUGUAAUCAAGAAUCCUGUGACCCAGUACCUACCUGUCAACUCUCGUAAAAUAGGGUUCUCGUAUAGCUCAGAAAAACUGGUUAAAAUGAACAAGUAUGUAGCUGCAGUCAGUGAUGAUGUGGAUCUCGUUUUUGUGGUUGGUGCAAUGGCCCAUGGAAAAAUUGAUUGUGAUUAUAUAGAUGAUUUUAUAGCAAUUUCUGGAUAUCCUCUGAGCGCUGCCUGGUGUAUCUCAAGGAUUUGUGAGGCGUUGGCUGACAAAUGGGAUGUGCUGUAAGCUGUAGGUGCUGUUUGGUUUAGCGUUUUGUGGUAGUUAUAUCACACUCCUUAUCUCUGGCUGACCAAACACGGCCUACAUCCUCUGAACUCGAACUACGCUGGUUGUUGGCUGAUGGCCAUCUCUUCCCUGGCAACGAUGAGAAGAAUUUGCAAAAAUUGAAGAUUAUCAUGAGAUGAUUUUGAGUUAAAAGUUUACGUAGUAGACUUGCAGUCUUGCAGAUGUAGGGAAAUCACAAAGGUUACCUUUUUGUAUGCAGAGGUAUUCAUGCAUGUUAUGAUUCAAUUUUUGUAAUGGAUUUCUGGCUGAAUCACUCAUUUAAGAAAAUAACUUUUUUUUU